UAAGUUUCACACACCAAAUUUCCCAACCCUCUCAAUCAAUCUCUCUGAUCGCUCGCUCUGAAAAUGGCAAAGGGAGACAAGAAGCCAGCGGAGAAAAAGCCAGCGGCGGCGGAGGAGAAGGCCGCGGCGGCGGAGAAGAAACCCCGGGCGGAGAAGAAGAUCCCAGCGAAGGAAGGCGGUGCCGCCGGUGACAAGAAGAAGAAGAGGUCGAAGAAGAACGUGGAAACUUACAAGAUCUACAUCUUCAAGGUGCUGAAGCAGGUUCACCCUGACAUCGGAAUCUCCAGCAAGGCCAUGGGAAUCAUGAACAGCUUCAUCAAUGACAUCUUCGAGAAGCUCGCUCAGGAGUCUUCUCGUCUUGCUCGCUACAACAAGAAGCCGACGAUUACCUCCAGGGAGAUUCAGACCGCCGUGAGAUUGGUUCUCCCCGGCGAGCUUGCCAAGCACGCUGUGUCUGAAGGCACCAAGGCGGUUACCAAGUUUACUAGCUCUUAGGGUUUGGGUUUCGAUGUUGCUGUUUUUUUUGUUGUUGACAGUUUAGGUUUGUUGCGCUUGUAAAGGGUAGUUUGUUUUGGAAUUAUCGAUGGUGAUGAAUUGCUGAAUAGAAUUGGGCUUAAACUGAUUUGAGCUUGAAGAUGUACCCCUUUGUUUUUGUUGAUAAAUGUGGACUUUUUCAA